AUGGCCCUGCUCUCUCAGCUUCCCGUGGCCCGAAACUGCGGAGGGGGCAUGGAAGGCUUUCAGGUUUCUGGGCUGUGCAUCUCAAAAACAGGGUGCUGGCCCGUCCCUGGGGCGGUGACUGUGUCAUGCCUGCCCCCGGCUGGAGAUCCCGUGAGCAUCAUGACUGGGACCUUCCACCAGGACUCCCGCAAGGAAGGGGACAGGUUCAAGCUACAGGGAGCACUGAAGACGCUGCCGCAGCGGGAGCCCCCGGAAUUCCUCUCGAGCCAAAAGGACCCACAAUUGGUUGAUAAGGUAAUGCAGGACCUGGAUGCCAAUAAGGACAACGAAGUGGAUUUUAAUGAAUUCGUGGUCAUGGUGGCAGCUCUGACAGUUGCUUGUAAUGAUUACUUUGUAGAACAACUGAAGAAGAAAGGAAAACAAAGAUAA